UCACCUUGAGCAGCACUUCAGUGUUGUAUGUCACCAAAGUACACAGUCAGUCAGGGAAGAUUGUUGCUCCGCAAAACAAUUCAAUUUAUUCAGAGAACCAAGCAAGGAAUGAGGUGCUGAAUUGUGACUAAAUUGUAGUACAAAAUACACUGUAUGAUAAAUCAAUGGUGAUAGAGUCAUAGCGCACACAAUCAAGUAGCAUUUUCAGUGAAUUUCCAAUUGGGAGCACAAAAAAAAAGUGAAGAAAAAAACUGCGUAGUGGAUUUUUCUUGCCGCAUUUUUCUUGUGAUAAUUCCAUACAAUCUGCCGUGUCCAGCAGAUCUGUUUGCCAUGUAGACUGUGGGCAGAGUGUGAAAAUUGGGUGAUUUUCCCGAAGUGCUAAAAAGCUGGUGACAUAACCUCCCAAGAGGGAGAGGGAGUCUCUCAUUGCAUAAUCCGGGAAAGAAGAAAGCUCCCGAAGGCGAGGAAGCUAAUUUUCACAAGACGGAGACCUUUCAAAAAAGAAUUCCGUGACCAGAAGACAGUGUUGUUGGAUAAAGGAAAAAGAAAAAAAGUGAUGGUAUUUUUGACUGAACGACUCAGUUAAAAGAGUUUGAGAAAAAAAUACCAAAUAAACAAGUUAUUAAUAGAAGUAAAAACAGGAGUGAAUAGUGUUGUAAAUUGUGAAUCUGCCAAUUUUUAUUUAAUACAAAAAGAAAAAAAUUGUACUGAGAUUUGUGAUCGCGAAUUAUUUGAACUUGCCCAAGAGAGUGUGAGAAGAAGAGGAGAGAGAGAUUACUGAGUUGGUGAAGAUAUUGUGAAAUUGCACUUUCUAUAAAUAGACUCAGAGUUUAAUUUAUAAAUUAAAUGUGAGUUGUGUUUAAGAUUGUGCCAAAAAGAAACCCUUUUCUGCACAAGAAAAAAAAAAAAAACAUCAACAACGGGCAACUCCCAGGAGGAAUCCCUAAGGCACUCCUCCAGGACAAUGACACAACGAGAAAGAGACACGCUGAUCCACCUAACAGCCGGAGGAGUGGCUGGUACGGUGGGAGCUGUAGCAACUUGUCCACUAGAAGUGGUCAAGACACGCCUGCAGAGUUCUUCGGCUUUCCUGUCGGCUGGACCCAGAGUGCCUGAACUGCCUGGUGGCGGAUCCGGUACGCCGGGCAGCUCAAGUAACUCCACAGAUGCCCUCCUGCGACCAGAACAGAGGCGACGACUCUGCACAACAAUCCUCAGAAAGAGGCCACAAAUUAUUGCUAUUUCAUCAUGUGGAAUCUCAUCGUCAGCGAAAUCAAUGAGUAUUAUGCAGUGUAUCAAGCACAUUAUACAGUCAGAAGGUCCGAGGGCACUUUUUAAGGGUCUAGGACCAAAUAUCGUGGGUGUUGCUCCAUCGAGAGCCAUUUAUUUCUGUGCAUACUCCCAGGCAAAGAGCUUCCUCAACAGAGAUGGAAUAAUCCCACCAGACUCCCCAGUUGUCCACAUUCUGAGUGCCUCGUGUGCUGGAUUUGUGGCAUCAACAGCUACAAAUCCCAUUUGGUUCGUGAAAACCCGCCUGCAGCUGGAUCAUGCGUCCAAGGAUCAAAUGACUGUCCGUACGUGUGUCCAGCAAAUAUACAAACAGUCUGGCCUUCGGGGCUUCUACAAAGGCAUCACCGCCAGCUACUUUGGCAUCUCAGAGACUGUUAUACACUUUGUGAUUUAUGAAGCGCUCAAGAGGAAACUGAUUGAACUGAGAACAGCACAUCCGACUGAGGCCAAGACUUCGAGGGACUUUGUAGAGUUCAUGCUGGCUGGUGCCAUUUCCAAGACGAUCGCCUCGUGUGUGGCCUAUCCACAUGAAGUGGCCAGGACGAGACUUCGUGAGGAAGGUACUAAAUACCGAUCUUUCUGGCAGACACUGGCCACAGUUUGGCGGGAAGAAGGCAGACGUGGGAUAUACAGGGGUCUGGCGACGCAACUUGUCCGACAAAUUCCAAAUACAGCCAUCAUGAUGACCACGUACGAGGGAGUCGUUUACAUUCUGACUCGUCACUUCAACAGUGAUUUCUAUGGCAAUGAUAAGCACCUGGUGGCCACGAAUAAAUCCUGAAGCAGCUCAGGACCAGGAGGAAGUGGACAGUGAAAACGAGAAAUCUUGCUUUGAGAAACUCUUCUAGUGCAUCCUUCUAGUGUUCCAUGAUUAAUCUAUAUUGACUGUAGUUGCGAACUAAAGGAGAGUAAAUGAGAGUGUUAGCACUCUCUCUCUCUCUCUCGCUUCGCAUUGUACAAAGAGAAAAAAUAUAUAUAUACAAAACAACAAAAUUGUAACCGCGAAAUUAGAAAUGCAGCACGAAAACAAAAAUAAAAAUAUAUACCUUAUAGAGUUUACAACACAAAUUGUACUAAAUACUAGUUUGAUCUUGUGAUCAUAGAAUCUAAGUUGAAAAAGAAAAAAAAACAAGAAAAAUUAUUAUAUUUUACUGUUUAUUAUUAUUUCUUUGCCUUAGAGAAGAAUGUUUGAUGGGAAAAAAAUGAACAAGUGAAAGCAUGAUAAGGAAAAGAAAACAAAAAAAACUUAUUGUAUUCCUUUUUAAUAUUGUUGGAGAGAAAAAAAAAUGCGAAUGGCUUAAAAACACAAUGAGAAAAAAGAUAAUUGGGGAUUUUAAAUACAGCCCGAAAGAAAUGUUGAAGAAAA